AGUAUUUACCAAACAAAACGGCUGGAUUGACGCCUAACAUGUCAAAUGUCAAUGUGGCAAAAAUUGUGGAGAAAAGGUGACCAACAGAAGGAUGAAGACAAAGAGGUUGUAGAAGAGAUUGAAGGGGAGGAGACAUGUAACCCUUACACAGAAUUGUAUUUCCUCCAGCACCAUACAGAUAUAGUGCGCCAUCUGUUGGUAAUUGAUGAUAGAAGAUGUGUAUCAGCUGGUGAUGAUGGGGUGGUGGUUGUAUGGGACACACAGCUCUGUAUGAAGCUGUCGUUUUUUGAGGCCCAUUCUAGACCAAUCACAUGUAUGCUAUCCAUCGAUGGGAAGAACAAAGAUUCCAAUUUGCUGAUUACAGGGUCAUCAGAUAAACAUAUCAAGGUUUGGAACAUUGACCAAGGCAAGUGUGUUCAAGAUAUCACUGAACAUGGAACUUCUGUGAAGUGCCUGCUUCCUGUCUUGGAGAACAUGUUUGUAUCAGCAGGAGAACAGCUUCAUCUAUGGGGAGAGGAUGGGGCCCUUUUGGACACAUUCCCUUUGGAUAAGCAGGAAGCUGACAUUUCAUUGUUGAUUUCUACAAACCUCAAGAAUGAGAGAUUUGUAACAGCAUGUGACAAAGAACUCACUGUGUAUUCCAUCAAAGACCUACUAGAUUUGAAUGAAACAAGCUACAGGAUUUGUCAGGAUAAGAGACUGCCCGAGCACCUAGAGGCCAUCAGAGCGCUCGUACCUGUCUCAGAUAAGUUGUUUGCCAGUGGUUCACUUGAUGGCACAAUAUUGCUCUGGUCAUCGGAAACAUUCACACCCUUGAAGAAGCUUAACACAAUGGCCGACUACAAGGGCAAAGCAAACAUGUACCCAUACAGUGUGCAGUAUAUAGCUUGUGAAAACCAGAAAUAUCUGCUGGCAGCCAUUGGUUGUGGUUUUGCUCUGUUUGACACUGUGUCCAACACUCUCCUCUGUCGGAAGGUGAAAGCUCACUACUCCAAGGUCACCCAGCUGACCUUUGUCUGUGAUGGUCUGUUGCUGGCAACAUGUUCAGAAGAUGGCAGUAUACGAUUGUGGGGUCAAAAGUCCCACAACCCAGGUGAACAGUUGGCUGUGAAGGCUUCUAUGGGUCUCAGUCCAAUAGAGAGAUUUCUGGACAUCAAUUUUGGUCAGUUGCACCAUAGUAAAAGUCCGGACUAUUUUCCGGAGCCAGUUCUGCUAGGGGAGUGUCUUGGGCACUGUGGCUCAGUCAUGAGAAUAGUUGACCAAGGCCUGGAGGGAAUGUUGUCUUGUGGAGGAGACCAUCUGGUCAUAGCAUGGAAGAACAGUGAGUUGCAGAAAAUGAAAAGAAACCAAGUUAUACAAGAAAAAGUUUUAAAUCCAAGUGUUAUUGUUUAAGGCAUUCCAAAUAUUUUAUCAUUUGUUUAUUCAUUCUGUGAUUUUUUCAUACAUGUACAUAUAUAGGUUUAUAUUCCUGUAUAAUUAGCAGUAAAUCACUACUGGUAUUUGUUUUAUGGAUAUAUAUGGGUCAUUAAAAUGUCAAAAAUGUUAAUCAUACAGCAAAUACCCAAAACAAUUUUUAAUAGGUGCUGUUGUUGUGCAAUAUUUAUAUGUUUGUAAAAACUUAAGAAUUAAUAAAUGUGUGAUAACAAAGAGGGUGUUUUAUACUCCUUAUAACCAGGAUGUAGGGAGAAAUUGUAAUUUGUUGUAUUUGAUGUUGAAUGUUGUAUCAAGAUUUUCCAAUAAAGAUAUCACCGGGCUGGGAGAGGCUUCAGGUA